UUCACGAAGUAGUUGUGCUUAGGCCUUAAAAAGGUCUUAAAUUUUGUUUCCACCACAAAGGUGUAAAUGCACCCUUUAAGCAUCAUAAUUUUACACAUGUGGAAUGACAGAAAUGGCGCCAAGUUCUGAUAUAAAUUUUAUUUCCUACUUUAAAAGUCACAAUAAAGUACGAGAGCAACAAAGUCAUACAGCAAAAGUUCACAGCGUUGGAUGGAGUUGUGACGGAAAGUAUUUAGCUUCUGGUUCUUUUGACAAAUGUGUUUGCGUGUUUUCGCUUUGCACCGAUCGCCUGAAACAAGAAACGACGUUCCGUGGCCAUCUGGGAAGUGUAGAUCAACUUUGCUGGCAUGCUUUUCAUCCAGAAUUAUUAUCGACAGCGAGCGGUGACAAGACAGUGCGAAUAUGGGACAUGCGAUCACAGAAAUGUACAGCAAAUAUAGGAACAAGAGGUGAAAAUAUUAAUAUAUCAUGGUCUCCUGACGGAAACACGAUAGCUGUUGGAAACAAGGAAGAUCUUGUUACGUUCAUUGAUGCCAGGGCCCAAAAAAUUAGAGCUGAGGAACAGUUUAAUUUUGAAGUAAACGAGAUCUCUUGGAAUAAAGACUCUGAUACAUUUUACUUGACCAAUGGACAAGGUUGUGUACACAUAUUAAGUUACCCAGAUUUGGAAUUGCUACAUGUGAUCAAAGCCCACCCAGGAACUUGUAUUUGUAUCGAGUUCGAUCCUACUGGACGAUAUUUUGCUACAGGAUCAGCCGAUGCACUUGUGUCUCUUUGGGAUGCAGAAGAAUUGUGCUGUUUGAGAACUUUUUCAAGGCUGGAAUGGCCAGUGAGAACAAUUUCCUUCUCCUAUGAUGGAAUGCUCCUUGCUGCAGCUUCUGAGGAUCUUGUCAUUGACGUUGGCGAAGUUGAAUCAGGGGAGAAAAUAACUGAUAUUCCUGUAGAGGCUGCAACAUUUACUGUAGCAUGGCAUCCCAAACAGUAUUUAUUAGCUUACGCUUGUGAUGAUAAGGACACGUAUGACAGGAAAAGAGACGCCGGAAGUUUAAAAGUAUUUGGUUUUCCAAAUGAAUAAUUAUGUGACACUAGUAUGAGAAUUUAACUAUAAGACGAAUAAAAUUUAUAAUUAAGAAUAUUGUGAAAAUACAAAUUUAUAAAAAAGA